CAUCGAUUAUGGCGACAUCUUUUGAUAUUAUUCAUGAAAUAUAAAUAUGUAGUUUAUAAUUAUAUGAAAAAAAGGUGUGGCUUCAAAUUUUCUAAUAUUUGGCUUCAUGAUGCAUAUAUGCAUGAAUGCAACAGACUGUUGCUUUAGCUACUGCUGCUACUUUAUUAGCAAUCUGUUUUUUUUUCAAACGCAUACAAAUUAAUUGGGAGUGGUAUUAAUCAAUGAAUAAUCCUGACAAUAGAACCAUAUUUAUGAAUAUCUCCCGGCAAAUGUUUACGUCUGUGUGUGUGUUUGGUUGGUUGGUUGCUGCAACAAUUGAUGAGUUUUUUUUGCCAAUAAACCAAAAAUCAAUCAAUGUUCACGAUUAUGAUAACGACAAAGAAUUGAGAGAGAGAGAGAGAAAAAAAAGUGGUUCUUGACAACCAUAAUUACCUAUAAUAGCUUUUGGCAUCUGUCUCGACGAUUCAAUCCAAAAUCAAAUCAAAUCAAAUCAAUCAAGGUUAUCGAAUUGGCCAUCAAACAACAGAAUAGAUUUUUUUUUUUUUUUAGAGAUCAAGAGUUUUGUGGAUUUUAAUCAAGUUGAUGAUGAUUUUUAUAUUUUGAUGAACAAAGUAAAUGUGAUUAUGUUGAGCAUAUGAAAAACACAAGUGAAUGAAUUGAAUCUUUUUUUUUGUCAUUCUUGGCAUUCAUUUUAAUAAUUUCAAGUUUUUUUCAAGUGUGAAUUUUCCGUUUUUUUUUUUAUUCAAAUAAUAAAAAAAACCUUUGUUCAUAAUCGUGAAUCAUUGUGUACAAUGUUAAGGUUCUUAUCACAUCACUAAAUUGCCAUCAGCAUCUUUUUUGAUCAUAUCAUAUAAUCAUCAUCAUCAUCAUAAAAAGAAUCCACCCAAGUUUUUUUUUUGGUGUAUAUUCCCGCCAUCUACACAAAACAUAACAUCCAUAUACACCGGUUACCACUACCAUAAUCAUCAUCAUCUUCAUCAUAACUAUCGUCAACCACGCUGGUUCUCAACCAAAAAAACAAUUAUCAUUAACCAACGUUGAACAUCAUUUUUUUGUUUGCUAUUUUUUUUUUUUUUUUUUUUGAUUCAAAGCGACACCACCAUAACAGCAGGCGCAAAUAUAUAUUGUCUAAAAGCUAGCGUGGUGUGUGUGUGUGUGUGUGGUUAAAGUUGAAGUCCACAAAAAACCAUUGAAUCAGAAUUCCCCGCUUUUUGGUCUAGCCUUUUGUUGACUGUACUCAUUUCAAUGGGCCGUGUGUUGGCAGAUUUUUUUCUCUCUAUUUGAUUAUCAUCAAUCGAUUUUUAUUGAUAACCAGCGACACGCGAGACCAAUUGAAUCCAAUCAAAAACUAUUAAUUAAUCAAUUAUAUUUACUGCAGUAUUUAUUUUUCCAUCUGAUUUGAAUUACAUAUUUCGUGAAUCUCUUGUUUCAAAAUUCCCAUCAUUCAAUUUCAUCGUCAUUUUUUUUUCUUGGAUAAAACAUCACAAACAACAUGGCUACUAAAUCGAAAAAAACAACCACCACAUCAUCAACAGUGUCAUCAUCACAACAACAAUCAGCACCGACUACCUCGAUUGAAAUAUCUGGUGGUACUGGCCAAACAACAGCUAGUUCAACACGUGCCGGUACACCAUUAAGACGAUCACAAACACCAACGCGUCCGGUAUCACCGGGUCGACUAUCUCGGAUACAGGAAAAAAAUGAACUACAAAGUCUCAAUGAUCGUCUUGCUGCCUAUAUUGAACGUGUUCGUUCAUUGGAAACGGAAAAUUCAAAACUUCGAAUUCAAAUCCAGAAAUCGAUGGAAAGUCGUGAAAUUCAUACGAUUAAAACAAUGUAUGAAGUUGAAUUACAUGACACACGACAAACAUUGGAUUCGAUUGCAAAAGAAAAAGCACAAUUAGAAUUGGAAUUGAGCCGUUUACGUGAGGAAUUGAAAGUUGCUGAAGCUAAGCUAGCCAAAAAGAUGAACGAAGCAAGUGGCUUAGAGAAACGUAAUCAAGCACUGGAAAUACAGAUUGAAGAAUUGAAAAGUAAAAUUGCACAAGCAUUAGCAGAACGUAAACGUUUAGAAGGUGAACUUCGGACAUUGGCCGAAGAGAAUAAAAAUCUAGAAGGACGAUUAAAAAGCGUACAGAAACAGCUGGAAGAGGAAACAAUAUUACGUGUUGAUCUUGAAAAUCGUAAUCAAAGUUUAAAUGAAGAAUUAGCCUUCCAACGUCAAUUAUUCCAGAAUGAAAUGGAAGAGAUACGACAAAAAACAUUUGAAUCAAAAGAGAUACAUACAGAAGAAUUGAAAGCACAAUAUGAGGAACGAUUGAAAUAUGAAUUGGAUGAAUUACGUGCAAACAUGGACGAUAUGAUUCGUCUUAAUCGCCAUGAUCUUGAAGAACGAUAUGAGCUACGUAUAGGAAUGUUGCAAGAAGAAAUGGCUAAAAAAAAUUCCGAAUUAAAUAACGCUGCUAAUAAGAUCAAACAAUUGAAUUCAUCCUAUACAAUGUUUGAUAGUGAAUUGGAAACAUUGAAAAAUGAGAAUACAUCAAUGAAAAAACGUUUGGAAGAUAUGAACAAAUUAUUGUCACAGGAACGUGAUUGGAAUAAGAUCAAAAUGAAUGAAAAGGAUAAAGAAAUGGAAGAGAUACGACGUGAAUUACAACGAAUUACCGAUGAUUAUAAUGAUCUUUUGGAUGAUAAAAUCAAAUUGGAUGCAGAAUUAGAAGUGUAUCGAAAAUUAUUGGAAGGUGAAGAAACACGAUUAAAUAUUUCAUUAAGUAGUUUGGGUAGUGCUAGUGGUGGUGGCAGUGUAAGUGCCUCUGGUGGUGGUGGUGGUGGUGGAGGACUAUUCAGUUCACAAGCAAUUAGUUCAUCAUCACGUUCAUUUAUUCCACGUGGUACUAAACGCAAACGAAUCGCAUUACAAGAUCAAGAAUCAAUUAUUGAUUGGGUUGUAAAUGCAACGGCUAAAGGUGAAGUGGAAAUAUCCGAUCAUGAUGUUGAAGGAAAAUAUGUUCGUCUUUUUAAUAAAAGCGAUAAAGAAAUAUCGCUAAGCGGUUGGUAUCUAUUACGACGAGCGGAUGACCUCGAAACUCGUUAUAAAUUUCAUCGUUCAAUUGUUAUUAAACCACAAUCAACAAUAACCAUAUGGAGUUCAGAUGCCGGUACACAGAUACAUAAUCCACCAUCGGAUAUUGUAAUGAAAUCACAAACAUGGUUCACUGCUGAUACAAUGUCAACAACAUUAUUUAAUAAUAAUAAUGAGGAAGUUGCAUCACGUAAAACUGAAAAACGAAUUACAUCAUCAUUUCAACGAAUGUCAUCGGGUUAUCUUAACAAUGAGAAUAAUGUGGAAAAUAAUCAAAAUUGUGCCAUAAUGUAAUUGCGCCUAAUCGAUUUCGAAAAAAAAAAACAAUUUGUUGACACCAUCAUUCUUGGGUGAAUUUCUGGUAGUUUUAUUAUUAUUUUUAUUAUCAUUUUAAACACCUUUUCACACAUUCACCAAACAUCCAAGAAAAUUUAAUCGUUUAUUGUUCUUAUCUUCUAUUUCGUCUAUCAUAACCAACAACAUUCAUCAUUUGCUUUGAUUUGCAUUCUCCAUUUGAAUUUAUUCAUUUGUUUUUUAAUAACAACAACAGCAAC